AUGAAGGCGAAUAUGCCCCGUUCUUUCAGAGACCUCUCUGUCGAGGUGCUUAUUGACAACUUACUACCCGCUGUCGAUCUCUCGGAUCUCGGAAGUUUGGCUUCUACGAACAGGUUUCUUGCCGCUAUUUGUAGCGACGACACUUUUUGGAAACGAAAAUGCUUGGAAGACUUCAACUUCAGCAGUGGGGAGACGGCUAGAACCAGCGGAUGGAAGGUGCUUUAUCGCGGAUUAUUUCGUCCAAAGAUCUUCGUCUGGGGCGAGAAGAGUAGUGGGAGGCUCGGUAUCCAGCAAGGGCUUUCCACGAUUGGCGCUGGGAGUGGGGUCCCAUAUCCGAUUGAGCUCGGGAUCCCCGGGCAUCGCAUCAUAUCUCUAGCCGCCGCCGGAAUGGCAUUCUAUGCGCUGGAUGUCAAAGGUCUACUUUUUGCAUGGGGCACUCUCGAUGGCCGACAUGAGAUGGGAAACAGGCGGGACGGGUUUUCUGCCGCAUACAAGACCGCGCACGUUCCCUAUCAGCUUGUGAUGCCAAAUCCCAUACGUAGUCUGAGUUGUGGGAGGCUCCACACGCUCGCCCUGGACACGAAGUGUCAGGUGUGGACCUUCUGCAACUGGGGUCGGCCCUUUUACUUAGAAUCUGAGCGUUUCAAUGGUCUACUGCCCGAGACGACACCUGUACAAGCAGAGGCAGGAUGGAGCUUCAGCGCUAUACUGACUCAGUCGGGCGACGUUCUAGUAUAUUGGCAUGAUGAUGGGGCCAUGAGGCGAGCAUUCAACAGACAGAUGGCCCUCAUGGACCGCGACAAUGGCACCAAGGCGCGACCAGAUGAACAAAGCAAAACUAUACCUUGCGCAACAUGGGGGCUGAAGGAGGACCCGUUCGUCCUGCGACCCAUACCAGACCUUCCCGUGCUUUCGCGCAACGGCUUAUCCGAAGAACAGCAAGCUGAGCCUACGAAACUCGUCAAGAUCGCAGGAAUGGACAACGUGCUGAUCGGGCUCACCAAUAAGGGACACGUAAUGAAACAUGGUGGUCUACAUAACGAAUUGUCAUCAGGGGAAGGCUCCCGCUGGGAAUAUUUACCUGAGUUUAGCGAUGCCGAAUACCUCAGACAUAACUCUGUGUAUCAGAGUGAGAAACUGGAAGCACCAGAUAUCAUGCACAUCACCCAUGUGACAGCGCACUUCCACAGAUUUGUGGCGUACUCCACAGGCUCGCGGUCCAUCAUCCUGAUGAGCAACGACAACACCAGUCCUGCCACUCCGGCCAAUAUCAUGCCGGCGCUACAAGACCGAGGCGUAAUCAAUGUCCUCCUCGGGGACUAUCACAACGCCGCUCUGACUUCGGACGGAAAGCUUUUCACAUGGGGCAGCUACUCGAACGGCGCGUUAGGUCUCGGGGACCCUCGUGAACUCACGCCCGGCACCCCGGGAGGGUAUGCCAACGAGGCACAACGGCAUCACCAGGCGGAGGCUCGCGGCUGGAUAGCUGAGCCACCGCCCGUGCGAGAGCCGACGGAAGUCAGGUUCGACUAUAAUGGAGACAAUGGUAAGAAGUUCGUAUUCGCGGCGACGGCGGCUGGAUGGCAUACCGGUGCCUUGGUCAUGAGCUUGGAGGAUAGACCCAAUAAGGAAGACUGA